UCAUAGAAAUGUUGAUGGUCGUGUGUUCCAGCUUAAGGCGCCCCGCGCACGUGGGCGCCGCAUCCGCAUUGCGGAUUGGUCUUGAUUGGCCGAUCAGCGGAGGAUAUAGACCGCCGAUCCAAGCACUGGCCCGGCAGUACAACCCAGCCCCGGAGGCCCGGCCAGUGCCCGAUGAGCGGUUUUCGGCCGCCCAGCAGGAACGGAAGGAUAUUGCCACGCAGACCGGACGGAGCAGCCCGCCAAGCGACCUGUCCCCUCCUCCAACGGCAACGCCUACACCGCCAAAGAUGUCCGACCGGAGCGCCGAUCCCUCCCACUUGGACGUGUCCAACGGCGUUGAGGUGCCCUACAAACUUGACUGGAUAUUCCAACGGCUAAGGAACCCCACGUGCUUCUGGUACGUGGCCAGUCAGUGCGUCAUCUCCGCCGUCGGAAUCUUCAGCAAGAUUGUGCUGUUGUUUCUCAACAAAACCCGCGUCUACAACAAGGACCGACUGGUGAACCUGAUAUUGAAGCGGCCGCAGGGCGUUCCCCUGGUCACCGUGUCCAAUCACUACUCCUGCUUCGAUGAUCCCGGGCUGUGGGGCUGCCUUCCGAUUGGUCUCGUGUGCAACACCUUCCGAAUCCGCUGGUCAAUGGCCGCCCACGACAUCUGCUUCACCAACAGGCGGCACUCGCUCUUCUUCAUGUUUGGAAAGUGCAUUCCUGUUGUUCGUGGCAAUGGUGUCUACCAGGAGGCAAUUAACCUGUGCAUCGAGAAGGCUGCUUUGGGUCACUGGAUCCAUGUCUUUCCCGAAGGCAAGGUGAACAUGGAGAAGGAGGAAAUCCGUCUCAAAUGGGGCGUGGGCAGGAUCAUCUACGAGUCGCCCAAGAUCCCCAUCAUUUUGCCGAUGUGGCACGAGGGCAUGGAUGAUCUGCUGCCCAAUGUGGAGCCCUACGUGAUACAGCGGGGCAAGAAGAUCACCGUGAAUGUGGGGCAGCCCUUGGACCUCAAUGAAUUUGUGACGGACCUGAAAAAGCGGCGUGUACCAGAGCCCACGGCACGGAAACUCAUUACAGACAAAAUUCAGGAAGCCUUUCGGAGCUUGCGUGCGGAGACCUUGAAGUUGCACAGAGAACGCAUCUAACAAAUCAUCAUGGAGGAGCCUUGUGGCUGACAAUUGUAAUAAUAUUUAUUUGUAUAGUAUUAAGCCUAAAAUGAACCCUCGAAAGCCCUUACAAUCCAUUUAUUAUAAUUGAUUUUCCGUGUAUUAUGGUUACUUCAUCACGAUGUAUUUGCUGGAGAGGCACUUUAAGUGAAUCAGAGUGCAUUAUUAGUGUAAAUAUACAAUUGAAAUUAUUUUGAGCUGAGGGAAUAUCUGGCUGAUAAAAUAAAAACUUUAUCUUGAA